AAGGUUAUCAAGAGUUUGCAAACACAUAAAGAUCGGAGUUUGUUCAUUCCGAUUCAAUUGACAUGUGCGUUUGCAAGACUGUGCUAUUAAUCGUUGGGCUGGGGGGUUGUUUUGCGGGUCCGGUCCGUAAUUAUGGGCCAUUGAGACAUUACAACGUUCCGCGACCCUCAAUCCAAGCAUUCAGGCCCCGUGGCUUCAAAGUGAGCAUCCCUCAUACUGAAGGCAUCCAAUUAUUCGCCUUUCAUGGAAAUAUUAAUAAACCCCUGCACGGUCUCGAGGCCGGACAAUUUUCCCAAGACGUCCUCCAAAGGGAGGGAGACGAGUGGGUGUUCCAAGACUCCAGUGCCAAAUUAAACGUGGGAGAUAAAAUCUAUUAUUGGCUCUUUAUCAUUAAAGAAGACCUGGGCUACAGAUACGAUCACGGCGAGUACGAAGUGAAAGUUUUAGCCACCCGUGACUUCGAUUCUCCUCAAACAACCUCUGUGACGCCGAAUCUUGCCCCCAAUCUCGGCAUUUGCGAAAAGGUGAUGGUAAAUCUCACGCGGAAGCUGCUCGAUUUGCAGCAAGAAAUUGAGUCCCUUAGGGAGACGAACGAUAUUUUGGAGGAUAUGGUUCAGAAGCACACUGAUACGGCGACUACUCUCACUUUGGACGGCUUGAUGAUAAAGGAUGACGACGAACUUGUUUCGGUGAUUCAAGCAAUUAUUAAAGAUAAACUUGGACUAAAAAGCAGGAUUCAAAAUGUGACGAGGCAGGAGAAUGGAAUGGUCAAGUUUCAAGUGGCGAGUUUGAGAGAAAAGUUGGAGGUUGUCAAAGCGGCCAAAAGAAAACUCAAGUCGUCGAGCUUUACGAUCACGUAUUAAUUUUUAAUACCGCAUAGAAACUGCGGCCUUGUGAGUGUUUUCAGUAAACAAAUGUUCAUCCUUACAUCACCCAACUCUAUUUAUUGUAUUAAUCAUUUAAAUUAUUUUGUAAUAAAUCAAUCGUUUGAGUGCA